AUGACUCGUGGACUCAACGAGGUGAGCUCUUCGACGACUACGAGCACUCAGGCUUCGACUACUACGAGCACUCCGACUCAGGCUUCGACUACUACGAGCACUACGACUCAGGCUUCGACUACUACGAGCUUCGACUACUACGAGCACUACGAGCACUCAGGCUUCGACGACUACGAGCACUCAGGCUUCGACUACUACGAGCACUACGACUCAGGCUUCGACGACUACGAGCACUCAGGCUUCGACUACUACGAGCACUCAGGCUUCGACUACUACGAGCACUACGACUCGGGCUUCAACCACUACGAGCACUCAGGCUUCGACUACUACGAGCACUACGACUCAGGCUUCAACUACUACGAGCACUACGACUCAGGCUUCAACUACUACGAGCACUCAGGCUUCGACUACUACGAGCUCUACGACUCGGGCUUCGACUACUACGAGCUCUACGACUCAGGCUUCGACUACUACGAGCACUACGACUCAGGCUUCGACUACUACGAGCACCACGACUCAGGCUUCGACUACUACGAGCACUACGACUCAGGCUUCGACUACUACGAGUACUACGACUCAGGUUUCGACUACUACGAGCACUACGACUCAGGCUUCGGCUACUACGAGCACUCAGGCUUCGACUACUACGAGCACUACGACUCAGGCUUCGACUACUACGAGCACCACGACUAA